CUGUUUGUUCUUUCGCGGAUGCCGUACCGUUAUUAUUGACAACAAUCAUGGCGUCCUCAAUGUCACUUCUCGGCUUGGGACGUUUAUCUGCGAUCAAUGUAGCUUCAAAAAUCUUCCUGAAUCCUGUCAGGUCUACAAGCACGUCUGUGGUAAGGUUGGCCGAUAAACCAGGACAAGACACGCAACUGAUUACAGUUGAUGAGAAAUUGGACAUCACCACUCUGACAGGGGUUCCAGAGGAGCACAUCAAAACCCGCAAGGUUCACAUCUUCGUGCCCACCAAAACAGCCAUGCAGUCUGGAAUCAACAGCACCAAAAAGUGGAAGAUGGAUUUUGACACCAGAGAGCGUUGGGAGAAUCCACUAAUGGGCUGGGCCUCAACGGGUGAUCCUUUAUCCAACAUGGUGCUGUCAUUUUCUUCAAAGGAAGAUGCUGUUGCUUUUGCUGAGAAAAAUGGUUGGAGCUAUGACAUCACAGAGAAGAGGUCCUCAAAGCCCCGGGUGAAAUCCUACGGAGCAAACUUCUCCUGGGAUAAGAGGUGUAGGAGGACCGCCAAGUAAAUUGAAGACACCCAUCUGUUAGCUUGGUCGAUCCAUGUGUGUCCCACAGCAGACCUGUAUCAUUCUUGUCAAUAAAUGCUAAUUAUAUAUAUAUAAACCAAACAUUUGGGUCAUUAUCGCUUUUUCUCUUCAAACUUUCACCUCAUUACUGACUACCUAAUGUAGUCUUGUCGAUUAAUGAAGUGUUUGUUCGAGUCAAGUUGUGCAACAGCAAAAACAAAGGAGAACGUGUUAUUACAAUUAGAACUUGUUUAAACACAGAGAUAAAUGUAUCUGCAGGCCAAAGUCUGUGAUAUUUUUCUGUGUUUUUAUCUUCUUGCCCAGAUUGUUUCCAUGUUUGGAGAACUGCAUGAGUGGAAUUUAAAUAGGAGCUACAAACAGUUAUUUUAACAACUUUAGAGAAGUUACCUCAUCUUGAAUGUGCAUGAUCCUAAACUGUGAGUCCCGCAUUAUUAAUUCUAUUUUUCUUUUUUUUUCUUUGAUGCCUUUUAUUGAGAAGAAUUGGAAGUUUUAAAGUGUCAGAACAAUAAGGCAAAUAUAACUAGGAUUACAACUCAUUACUCUCCAUAAUAUUUGAAUCAAUGUGACAUUUUCAACUGGGAUUAUCAACCCCAGAUAAUUCAGCUUAUAGCCACACACGACAAAGAAGUACAAUUGUAGAGUUUUAAAAUGUUAUCAGAUGUUUUGGGAAAGUUAUGUUUCUGCCACCUACCUACAUUAUACCAGUAUAAACACGGUUCCGGUUAUUUAACCCAGUUUGAAGUAUGCUAAGAAUCGUAAUUCAUCAGAAUCAAGGUUGGUAAGAUUUUAUUAUGUAAAUCACACAUGGUUUCCAUGCUU